GCAGCCCUCCCCCUCCGUCAGUAAUAACUGGACUAAGCUGAACCUUGAAAACUACUCUUGGGAAGAGUGGGAUAUGCCUUAUGAACCACUGGACUACAACGACCCCAGCAUUGAAGCCGCUGCCCCCUGCCACUCCUGUAACCUGCUCGACGACUCCUCACUGCCCUUCUUCAUCGUGGCCAGCGUCCUGGGGACCCUAGCUAGCGGGACUGUCCUCCUGGCACUUCUCAAACCCCUCUUCCACUGGGAACUCUGCCGUGGCCGGCCUAUCUUGAUACAGUUGCCUGUGGGCAGUGCUGCCUUCAGUGUAGUGGUGCCCAUCCUGGCACCGGGGCUCAGCAGCUCCCACAGUACCACCCUGUGCUGCCUGGGCCACUGGGUCUGGUAUAGCGCAGCCUUUGCAGGCUCUGCUGAUAGGGUGCCGGGCCUGCCUGGGCCCCAAGCUGGAUGUUUCCAGGUCUCACGCCUCACCUUGGGGCUCACGGUGGGCGUUUGGGGAAUGGCUGCCCUGUUGGCACUGCCAAUCACUCUGGCCAGUGACACUUCCCAAGGACUCUGCACACUGACAUCCAGCAGGGGGCUGGGAACUUUGCAGUACAUGCAUGCUGCCGUCUGUUUUGCUGUCUUCUUCUUGUUGCCACUGGGUUUGGUGGGAGCCAAGGGGCUGAAAAAGACAUUGGACAGGGGUCCAGGACCCUGGGUUGAUAUCCUAUGGGUAUGGUUCACUUUUUGGUGGCUUCAUGGGGUGGUUCUGGGAUUGGACUCCCUGGUGAGGUCUGGUGUCUUGCCCUUGCAAACAUGUUUAGCCCAGCAGAUCCUGGACCUGGUACUGCAACUGGCAGAAGCCCUGGCCAUCUUUCACUGUGUGGCUAUGCCCCUGCUCCUGGCCUUGUUCUGCCACCGGACCUCCCACACUUCCUUUUCCUCCCUGCCCCUCCAUGCAAGACAGUCUUCUCAUGUGGACACCCUUGGAGGCAAAUCCUAGCUCUCACUCCUCCCGUCAACCUGAAUUAAAGUGUAUGUUGCUUUUAUGAAGUGGAUGGUUUCUUAUUUUGUCGGGGAUGAAGAAGAGGGGAAGGAGAAUGGGGAAAGAGACAGUU